AUGAAUUGGGCGCAAGUUGCUCACUCAGGAAAUUUCGACGAUCUGUACGAGCUUUUCCAGCAAGAUCCAUACCUUUUGGAGCAGAUCGAUGAGGUUCCAUUCAUUGACACUCCUCUGCAUAUUGCUGCAGCCGCGGGACAAGUUGAUUUUGCGGUGGAGAUGAUGAAUUUAAAGCCAUCAUUUGCCACAAAGCUGAAUCCAGAUGGUUUUACCCCAAUGCACAUUGCUUUGCAUAAUCACCGAGACCAAUUGCUUUUUGAGCUCUUGAAAAUUAACUUGGAGCUGGUUCUAGUGAAAGCGACUAAAGGCAUGACCCUUUUGCAAUACGCAGCUGAACAAGGUGACGCUGAUCUCGUGGCUAAGUUACUUAUAACUUGCCUUCAAUGCAUCACCGAUGUGACCAUUUCCGGUAAGACUGUUUUUCACAUUGCAGCAGAAAGAAGCAAGCUUGAAGCCCUUCAACUCCUUGGACAUUGGUUACGAAGGACUUAUAAUAAAGAUGGCGGAUUGUGGGAAUUAGAUGUUUUAAACUGGAAAGACAAGGAAGGCAACCCAGUAUUGCAUACAGCUGCAUCAAACAUUCAUAAUCAAGUAGAGAGUGGGGUUCAAAAGAACGUAAUCAAUUCGAAUGGUUCGAUGGCACUAGAUAUUUUACAACAACAAAGCAAUGCUAACAGAGCUAUCAUCCUUCCAUCCCAAGCUGGAGGGUUAAAUGCUUACUCAAUCUCCAAACCCGUACCCAUAUCUGAUCUCUUAAGAUUAAAGGUUGAGUUUUCCGUAAGAUUAAUGGUACUCAUCACUCAGACCAAUCUCAAUAUCCCAGGUGACAGACGAAAUGCGUUCCUGGCCCUAACCGGGUUGGUACUAACGGCGACCUACCAAGCAAUUCUCAACCCACCAGGUGGUGUUUUACAAGCUGAUGUAGGUUCCGAUAAGAUUCCAAAUGUAGCAGGGAGAUCAGUGAUGGGAGCAAGUAGUUUUCUUUGGUUUUAUAUACCUAAUGCUGCAUCAUUUCUCAUCACACUUUUCCUUACAGUUCUUUUCUUAACAAGGGCUCCUAAAGCUGAAUUGGUUCUUUUGCCAGUAGUGCCAUUAGUCAUUUGCUAUGUCAUGUCGACGGUGGUGAUAACCCCAACCCAAAAGUUUAGUUAUUUCAUUUGGGGCUCAUCUACAUUGGAAACUAAAAGAAAGGAAAAUUGA